UUUUUCUCUCGUUGCCCACCGCUUGGUGCGUGUGUUUGGGGCCUAGGAGGAGAGCUGUGCCAGCAGCAGGGGCAACACUCUUGUGUCGCAGGGCUGUCUUGCGGGUCCGUCUCCGUAGCCCGGUUCGCCAGCGCCGAUGUCGAAGAUGUCCGGCCAGAGCCUCAACGAUCGGCUGAUGGCAGCCCGGCACACCAUAGCGGGUCAAGGCCUCGCCCGGGUGGUCUGCAAAGCGACCACCGAGGAAGUGAUCGGCCCCAAGAAGAAACACCUCGACUACUUGCUACACUGCACGAACGAGCCCAAUGUCUCGAUCCCGCAACUGGCCAACCUGCUCAUUGAACGUGCCCAGAACACCAACUGGGUGGUUGUCUUCAAAUCCCUGGUCACUGUACACCACCUCAUGUGCUAUGGCAACGAGAGGUUCACCCAAUACUUGGCAUCGAGCAACUGUACGUUCCAGCUGGGUACUUUUGUGGACAAGACUGGUGUCCAGGCUGGCUUUGACAUGUCAACAUUCAUCCGACGCUAUGCCAAGUACCUGACAGAGAAGGCGGUGUCCUACCGCACUGUGGCGUUUGACUUCUGCAAGGUGAAAAGGGGCAAAGAAGACGGAACCCUGCGCACCAUGCCGACUGACAAGCUGCUGAAGACAGUGCCUGCGCUGCAAAGUCAACUGGACGCUCUGCUUGAGUUUGAUUGCACAGCGAAUGACCUGACCAAUGGGGUGAUCAGCUCAGCCUUCAUGCUGCUGUUCCGGGACCUGAUACGUCUCUUUGCCUGCUACAACGAUGGGAUCAUUAAUCUGCUCGAAAAAUAUUUCGACAUGAAUAAGAAGCACUGUCGCGAGGCCUUGGACAUCUACAAAAAGUUCCUCAUCCGUAUGGACCGGGUAGCGGAGUUCCUCAAGGUUGCCGAGACUGUUGGUAUCGACAAAGGUGACAUCCCCGACCUCACCAAGUACUUUGAAGUGUUCCUAAUAAGCUUUGCCAAUAGGACGUCAGAGGCUCCCAGCAGUUUGCUGGAUGCCCUGGAGCAGCACUUGGCUGCUUUGGAGGGGCGUAAAGGAGCUACUUCUGCCACCUCUGCGACCAGGGUGAACAGCAACGUGCAGAGCGCGGUGUCGGCGCUCUCUUGCACGAGCAGUGCCUUUGGCUCGGCUGGAGGCACAGGCGCCGAGAUCAACGGUGUGCGCGUGGACGAGGCCAGCGUGCGCAGGGCCCUCGAGGAAGAAGCAGCCGCCAUGAAUCAGCUCAAGCCAGCUUUGGGCAGUGCUGAGGAGCGGCACCUGAAGGAGACAGAGGCCAGCACCAAUCCGUUCCUGUCGGCGUCGCCCGAGCCCCCUGCGGCUUCGGCUACCGCCAGCAGUGGCGAGCCCGUGCUGGACCUGUUCUCUGCCGCUCCGGCCAGUGAUGACCUGCUCUGCCUGGGGAACCCGUUUGCCGAGCCCAGCCCAGCGCCGCCGCCACCACCCACUGUGCAGAGCCCACAGCAGCAGCAGCAACAGCAGCAGCAGCAGCAGCAGCAACUAGCCUUUGCACAUUUCACUGCUAAUGGGUUCAUGUCCCAACCAGUCUCUACACCCUCGACCACCUUUGCAUCAGAUGCCUCAUUUGCCGCAGCCUUUGGUUCAGUCCCACCUGCGGCUGCUUCUGGUAAGAGUUUUGAUGAGGAAGAGGAGGUGCGCCCUGCUGCGGGCGGGCUGACACUGCCCACUCUCGAGCCUCCACCACCGCGUUCCUCAUCACCAUCACCAACGGCCGAGUUGAUGCGAGGUGCCGGCACCACUCCCAUCCUGGCGCAUAUGCCAGAGCCUGGCUUUGGCGAUCUGGACACCUCGGAGGAGCCCUGGCCCAGUGAGCCCUUCGAGCCAGCUACGACUGGAGCGAUGACCAGCAGCGCUGCCUCGUCUGGCUGGCUGGGCUUCGACCAGGGCCGGCCACAGGAGACCACGUCCACCGCAGUGUCCAAGCCAGCGAUGGCGAAGACGGUGGUAUCUGGACCAGCAAUGCCUGGUGCAACGAUGCCCGGUUCAGCGAUGCCUGGCACAGCGAUGGCCGGUUCGACAAUGCCCGGUGCAGUGAUGCCUGGCACGGCGAUGGCCACUUCGACAAUGCCUGGCGCAGCGAUGCCUGGAACAGCAAUGGCUGGUUCAGUGAUGCCUGGUGUGGCGAUUCCCAGUUCGGUGGCGAUGCCUGGCACAGCGAUUCCCAGUUCUAUGGUGAUGCCCGGGGCUGCGAUGGCUAGUCCAGUGAUGCCCACUUCGGCAGUGGGUGUGCCGAUACCUGGCGCAGCCAUGUCCAAGCCACCGGCCAGACCAGCUUCGGCCCUGGAUGACCUCAACUUUGCCAUUCAGCAAGCCAUGGGCGGUGUCCCGUCGCCCGCUCACAGUGCAGCCCCAUCAGGUCUCGACUCAUUUGGAGACGUACUGCAGCCACGGCCACUUAUGAGUGGACUGGCCAGCCCUGCAACCAGUGUGCCCACAGCUUCAGAAGCACCACUGGCAGCCUCAAAGGCACCAGCUUCGACAGGGGGUGGGCUGCUGAAGGGCGACUUGGAUGCUACACUGGCCAGUCUUGCACAAAACCUGGACAUCAAUGGUCCCAAGCAGGCUGCGGCACGCAAGACUUCAGGUGGAGGCCACCAGUGGGGGUCACCUAAGCCAGCUGGCAAGACAGGUGGCACCAACUGGACUCCAGUUGGUGGAGCAUGGGCUGGUACUGGAUCCCCGCAGCACCUCUUCCAGCCGCAGCCACAACCGUGUGUGGCGCCUACGGUACCGGCGGCCCCCGUGGCAGGUGCACAGUGGGGACCCAUGGGGGGUGCCUUUGGGCCCACACCUCUAGUGCCAUUCCGGCCACCGCAAAUGGGAGCACAGCCCCCUAUGAUGGCUGCGGCGGCACCUGGCAUGUUCGGCGCCCCGGCACCUGCACCGAGCAGCCAGCCAGCUGUCAACGACCCUUUUGGCGCCCUCUGAAGCUUCAGGUGCGGACCACCCGGCCCGAGAGGAGCGACAGACGGCUAGUCCCCGCAGUAUUCCCUCCCCCAGAGGUUAUUUAUGUGUGAGAGAGGGCGCGUGUUUGCGCAGGAGGCUGCGGAGUGUUUGUGCAUGCUGUACAUUUUGUUUUCUGCACAUGCCCCCCGUGCUGGCCAGAGAUGACACAUUCCACAGUGUUGCUCUCCCUGGACCCGUGGAGCAGCCCAGCUUUAGGAGUCCUCCCCUCCGGCUGUUUAGCAAGCUAGGCCACCCCCCCUGCUGUGAUGUACUUGUGGAGCAUGCCAAAAUAAAUUUGUUGCCUUAUUACAGCACCAGGCUCAUCCUUCCUUGGUUGCAGUCACUCCGUGGCGUGCGCUGGAAAAAACGACAAAAUUGCCUCCGCAGUCUGCACCGCCCCCUCUCACAGCACACGAGAGGGUCACAAGUGUCUUUUUAAAGGGAUACCAAAGGCAAAUACUGAGUCAAGCUAAAGCGAUCACUGUUCCAAAGUGCACAAUGGCGUCACAUUUACUGGAAACACCUUUUACAAGCGACAAUAUGACUAGCGAAGAACAGGAUUGGUGCUGCCACUUUGGACAUAGAGCACCAAACCCCGAGAGUAACACAUCUUUGCAAUCAAUAAACUGUAGUCAACCACCGCAAACAAAAGGCAAAUAGUCUUUAAAACAUAAAAUACACAGUUCUUCCAUGCGAAUUAGACUUUCCUACAGAAAUUUUUUAUGCGGUUUCUUUACUCUGUUCUGUUGGUGCAUGUUCUGUGCAUAUGACUCGAAGCAACAGGUAGUACCGGGCAGUGAAUGACCAUGGUAAUCACUGGUGCGCCUAUGCAAGCGAUUCACUCAGUUGUGGACUAUAACUGUGAAUGACCUGUUCGAUUGUGAAAGAUGUCUGUGACCCCUUUGUUCACAAUUUUCUGUGUGACUGAAUCUCGAGACAAAUGUCGUGAAUUCUCUGGAAUGUUUGAUUCUAGAUUGAUUCAAUGUUUGCAUAUAGUGUCCCCUUAAUGAUAGACUGUGCAUUGUUGUGGGCAGGCUGCCAGCAUUUAUGCCUAGCUGUUUUGUUAAUAGCUUAGAACUUUUGAGUGCCUAAUAAAGACUCGAGCUGUUGAACAUCA